AUGCACCCCGCCAACGAAGCAGACCGCGUCGCAACAGCGCUACGAGCAACAUACGUGCGCUUCCUCGAGGCCUUCCGGAACCUCGACCCGGGCGCCCUCGCGUCGCUGAAAAGCCCCGGGUGCAUGCACGUGUUCCUGCCGCAGUCGAUCGGCCGGAGAGCCAUGAGCAUCCAGGAGCACGCCGAGUAUAUCCGCACGCUCAAAGGGGUCCUGGAGGAUUUCCAGGUCGAGGAGCUCGAGACGAUGGUUGAUCCGCGCGCGCGGGCUGUGUGCGCACACGUCCUGGCGACGGCCGAGAGCGUCCACGGGGCGUUCAGCAACGAAGCUGUGUUUUGGCUGCGCAUGAGCGAGGAUGGCGCCCGGGUUGUGCGGGUGACGGAGUUUGCGGAUAGCGCUACCACGUCGGCCUACUUCGGCCGGCUGCGGAGAGGGUCUAUCGCGUCGAAGGUUUGA